GGGGCGGGCGCGGCCGGCCUUGACCCAAGAUGGCGGCGCGGUGCUUCCGGUAGAGCUCUCCUCAGCGCGGCGGCGGGCCCGCCACGAUGGCGGCGGUGCGGCGCGAGGGGCCGCCGUUCAUCAGCGAGGGCGCGGUGCGAGGCAAUGCCGCCAUCCUGGACUACUGCCGCACCUCGGUGUCGGCGCUGUCGGGCGCCACGGCCGGCAUUCUGGGCCUGACGGGCCUGCGCGGCUUCGUCUUCUACCUGCUGGCCUCCGUGCUGCUGUCGGCGCUGCUGGUGCUCAAGGCCGGGCGCCGCUGGGGCAAGUACUUCAAGUCGCGCCGGCCGCUCUUCACGGGCGGGCUCGUGGGCGGCCUCUUCACCUACGUGCUCUUCUGGACCUUCCUCUACGGCAUGGUGCACGUGUACUGACCCGCCCGCCGCCAACUCCACCAGCGACGGGCAACAGCGAGCGGCAGACACGGAGCCGGGUGAGCGACGGCCCCACACGCCAGAUACGCAGGACUGUCGGGGGGUGAAAGCCCGUCUUUUGUGGGGUGCAUGGCGACGGGCAGUGAGUUGCGCCUGCUGUGGGCAUGCCACCAGGCUUGCGCCGCCAUCCUGAAACGCUGCUGCACACCUGGAUGGCUGCUGGCCGUUUCCCACCCGCCUGAGCGAGCCCUGCCGUAACCCUGCUGUUAGCAUGCCCUGAAUACAUACGUGCAGCCUGA